CAUACGACGGAUUCUUGUUCUUUUCCAAUGUCUGACGACUCCGAUCAUUCAAGGUGUAGAUUCUCAACGUCGCUGGGAUCUACUUCCUGGAAAGAACAAGAUUGAAUUUAGUUUUAGUGGAAAUCGGAAUACUAGAAGCUAAAAUAAACCCCUAUACUGUGAUGUUGACGCCAGGCACCAAGAGAUGCAGAGACAUCAAGAUUCCUCGCAAACAUGUACGAUGAUUUAAGGUGGACCUGUAUCCUCAAAUGAAACUCAUUGUCAUGCUCCUCUAGAGGCAAAUUGCGGAAAACGAAAAGCCACGACCGCGACCGAUUGCGCCCCGGACCUAGUUGUUGCGCCUGCUCUGCCCGACGCGGAGAGAUCAACAUCCAGACGAGGAGAGCAAAAAAAGCGACAAGGAUAAUGUGUGUGGCUACGGGACCGAAAGCGAAUCUGAGCUUUGUUUAGCACCAGGCGAUCGACCUCAAAAACAACGAAGCAAGUCGGCGAAAGAUAUUCAAUCGUCAGCAGUAGAGUACUAGGAAGCAAGUUUUCAUUCUCAACAGCCGGCGCAAUUCUCGAAAUAUCUUCGCCAAGCUUGUCCGCCGACUUCCGUCGUCCAAGCAGUAGCAGCAGAAGUGCAGUUCUUGCGGUUCGACAAAUUGAUCCCGCGCUACUGCGAGCAAGCUAAACUUGAGUACUUGCGACGUGUCUCUCACCAGUGUAACAAGUAGUCACCCGCCUAGUAGACGAAGAACGCUCCUCCUAGUAGCCCCCCGCGACGACGACGACCAAGUCCAAGAUGUCUCCGCCCCUCGCUCCCCCCCACAACAUCCACCUGUUCGAGUCGAUAUGCAUUGCAAAAGCAUCGUACUCGUAUAAAUGCAUUACAAAUUUCCUCAGCAUGAGAAAUAUAAUUUGUGAUGCAGAUUUGCCUUGGAAACAAGAUUUGUAUUGCAAGACUUGCAUUUGUACGAGUACGAUACUUUCGCACAGGAUAGUCGAGCUACAAGGUCGACUACGACGAUGUGGAUGUGAAAAUCACAAGUGUGAUAUCCUAAGGAAAAACAUCCCCACCCCAAAGUCAAGAUGGGGAUUUUGCAACACAAACCUGGAAGUUUUGGGAGCCACGCAUGACAAAUUGCAGGCUGUAUUGUAGUGCAGUUUAGCAAGGGAAGUCGCAUUACAAAUCCAGCUGCUUUAUGCAGUUUACAGCAUUACAAGUCCGAAACACGAUUGGAAAUGCCUAUCAUGGUGAUGCGCAUUACAAAUGCUCUUGUGCUUGCAGAUCUGCAUGACAAGAACUCAUAGGUGGGGAUGUCUUUACACAGGAUAUGUGAACGACAAGACGAUCACGUUCACGCUCGAGGGCUGCGACACCAGCACGGCCAACGCGCUGCGCAGGAUACUGAUGGCGGAAAUCUACACCAUGGCAAUAGAUCUGGUCACCAUCUACGAAAACAAUUCGGUCCUGUUCGACGAAUUCAUAGCGCACCGGCUCGGCCUGAUCCCGCUCGAGUCCAACGGGAUCGGCGACAUCCUCUCCGACCACGGCGAGGAGCGAAAACGGAUCACACAAAAAAUACACAACAGCAUGAAUCUGAGUAUUCAAAUGUUAAAUUGAUUCAGACCUUUGUCCUUCAUUCGAUUACGUUUAUGUCGUUGCUUUGCAUUAAUCCAAGUACCAUGGAAUGGUCGUGUUCCGGCAAUUAUGCACUUUCUGACAUGUCAUGGUUAACGCCUGCGUCUUUACAACCAUCACUUCAAAACACGACAAUGAGCCGCGCACCUGAAACAUAAAGAUGAAAAUAUUAAAAACAGCUGCAGAACAGAAAGCCUUUGAGAGCGCGCGUAACGAUCUCGGGAUUACUUAUGCGGUUGCAUCCAUCGAUGACCCAAGCAGGGGCGGUUGUGACUGCAGCGGUGGGUGCCCAAGGUGUGAAGUGAAGUUUGAGAUCGACGUGGAGAAUUUUUCGGGGCACCCGAUGGACGUCACGCACUUCGACCUGAAACUGGUGCACAAUCCUGCAGAGGACGAGACAAGCCUCAGACCGUAUAGAGAAGACAUUUAACUGUUCGCGUUCAACCUCAGACCGUUUUGGAGAUAUGUUCACCUGUUCCCUAACACAGUAAAUGAGAUUUGUUUGAAGUGUUCUUUGCAUCUUUUUUCGGCAUUACGAACAACCGUCAAGGAGUGUGGAAAGAGACCUGAUGCUUAUUUACAGAAAAAAUUGAUUUCAAAACAGCCAGCGGGCAUUCCAAGUCCUUCCAAUGCCGCAAAGGGAUCCCCUCUACAGUGAAGAAGAUGACAGAAAAAGAAACGGUAAGUCGUACAAUUUUUUUGCACCUACCACUUCAUGUGCAAUGACAAAGCAGCGGUUUUUUUGAUAGAUGAGUGUUACGCCCAGCUUCAACACAAAGCUCCUUGAAUUCCCUAUCUUACCAAAAACUACAGGCAUCAAAAUCGUGAAGCUCCAACACGGGCAGAAGUUGAAGCUGGAAGCCACGGCCAUCAAGAAUAACGCCAAAUUCCACGCCAAGCACAAUCCAACAGGGACAGUGUGUAUGAAGCAGGACGCCGACGUCAGAAUAAAUGAGAACACAAAGGUAUAGAGCUUUGUUUCAUUUUUUCACGACGGCGCGCGAUCCAAGUUCGUGAUCGUGGAAAAAUAAAUGAAUUAAGUACAGCGAUGGAAUGAACCAACUAGAUGCGCUGUAGAGUAAGUAGUUCGCCAUAACCGUGAGGGCGAAGUGUGGGGUUGUAUGAAGAGUUUCAAAAGCCGAAAAUUCUCUCACAGUUCCACCCUACUCUGGAGCAGAAGCGCGACAUUGCAAAGUCCUGCCCGCAAGGGGUCUUCGACUUGGAAGAUAUGGGAAAAUUGGUUGUCGCUAACGAGGACCGGUGUAUCCACUGCGACAGUUGCACGGACUACUGUACAGAAAACAACAUAAAAGGCUACGUCACGAUUGACCACCACCCCAGGAGGUUCCAUUUCGAGGUCGAAUCCACGGGCGCGAAGCAUCCCGCUGCCAUAGUCAAAGCAGGUACUUAGUGUGUUUUUUAGAAGAAAAUACUAUCCACGACGAAGAUCUAGAUCAUUUCGAUUUUUUCUUCUGCAAGAACUUUUAUUCGUUCUCGUCGUAGAAAGCGGUCUAAUUGAUAUAAGUAGUAAUUUGCAAGAGGAAGAACAAUCCGACUCAAACCUCCACAGGCCUGCGCAUCUGGAAGGACAAGCUUUUCCACUUCAAGAGGGACAUCAAGCGCCUUCAUUCAGACAUUGCGGAUCUUGGUACCGAGGGUAUGCCAUUAGGCUUCGCCAUUAUGGACCAGAGUGCGCAGGGCGGAUCGGCACGAGGCGACGAAAAUAUGUCCUCUCAAGGAAUGGAAUUCACUUCGAUGGGCACAGCAUCGCAGGGCACCGGCGCUCCAAUAAACGUCUCUCAGGCUCCCUCCGUCGUCGAGAGCAGCGCGCACAGGCAGAGGGUUCGCCCACGAUUUGGACCGCCGGGGAGCGCUGGCAUGGAGAGCGAGUAUUUUGAUUUGAUUUUUUAAUUAAUAUGAAAAUUUAUUAACCUUCGUGCAUUUUCUCAAUACCAAUACUUAGACUUACAAGACACCACAUGUCGUUUUCAUUCGAUGAAAGAACAUAUGCAGAAUACGAAAAAAAAAUCGAAUUGACUAACAGCGCGGGCUCCCAGGCUAUGGACAUCGACGACGACGUCGACGACGACGAGAUUUAAAACUACAGCUUCCUCCAGGCUGCACCAGUUUUCUGAGCCAAGAUCACAAGUUUUUUUCACCGACCGAAAGGGAAAGAGUGUAAUAGAGCUGCAGCAAAGCCUGCUCGUGCUCUACUUCCGACGAUGAAGAUGCGCGACAUCUUCUGCGCGACCCGACGUUCUUUAAUCCAUCAUCAAGAUGCUCUAUGUUCAUCCGUUUAUUGCUCCGCGUAGUUCAUCACAAGACAAGAUUUUUACGGAAAGUUCACAAAAACGACUGUCCAGCUAGUAGGACAGAAAGCACAACAGAUUUACUUAUUAAGUUUCAGGUUUACAUCAUCGUCAGUAUCGCAGGAGCUCAGGCGGAAAACAAAAACAAUUAGACGAAGGCGAAGCCGCGCAUUUGUUAGUGAAUACUAUCGCUGCGGUCGUCUCAUGGAAUUUUUUAAAGUAAGUCGAGGGAACGGGACGCCGAGAGUAAUACUCGCGGAAUUUUCAGAAGCUGUGUGCUGCGGAAUGCACAAACGGAUUGAUUUCCAGCCUGAAUUAUGAUCAAAGUAUACUAUUUCUGCGCUGGAAGCAGAGCAGCUUUCGUUUCUCUUUCUUCACGCUGCGGUGACGAGCGAACUGAGGUUCGAGGUUUUCUUUUUGAAUAGCCGACGACAAGUUCUUUGCUGAUGAUUCCACAACUUUUGCCAGUUUUCAGCCGAAGCCGUACCAUUGGACCUCGAAGGAGAAGAUGAAAACGAAAAGAAAAUCAGGGAAGAAAAAGAAAGAACAAUCUAAGUAGAACCUACGGCAUUGUCAGCUUGGUGGCCAGGGGCCGCGGCCCACAUUCUUCGACCCGGCCAGGAGUUCCCCUGCUUCUACAG